CUGGCCCGCCCACUAUGACGAUCACCUACAGCUGCGUUGCAAAUGGCCGAGCGGUCCUAGCCGAGCUGGCCCUAACCGGCGGCUCUUAUCAGGAAGCAGCUGCAACAGUGCUUAAACUAGUGCUUCUUAGAGCUGAACCAAAGACCAUAAUUCAUAUGGGAAGCUUUGUCUACCAUACUCUGUUUAUUGAUGGAAUCACUUACCUAUGUGCUUCAGACAAUACCUUGGAUACCAUAACACCAUCUGCAUUUCUUAAAAAUGUUAGUGAGACUUUUCUGAGAAAUCCUUUGAUGUCACAAGAACAUUUUUCUCCUUCAAAUGCAGUCGCUGCAGAUUUUCAACAAGUAUUAGGAAAGUAUAUGAUGAAAUACAAUAAAAAUCAAGAUGACAGCUCGAUGUCCACACUGAGGAGUCAAGUGACUGAUGUAAAAAAUGUUCUGACCCAAAAUAUUGAUAAAAUUUUGGAAAACGAGGGAAGAUUGAAUAUCUUCUCUGAUAAGACAGCUAAUCUGCAAACAACUGCCAAAGAAUCCAAAAAAACAAGAAAGAUUCUUAGGAGGAUAUGGUGGAAACACUUCAAAAAGAUUAUCAUUAUCACCGUGGCAGUUCUCCUUUCAGUCAUCAUCCUUCUUUUAAGUACAAAUGUAAUACCAACCUGACCCUUCUCCCCAUCCCCAGCAGGUACCAAUAAAUUGUUGUAUGUAA